UUGAUAUGCAGCGCUGUCUGUGCUUCCUGUAGACGUCGGGAUGUGUGGGAACGGGCUGGAAAGGUAGCUAGUUAGCAACUAACUUCGUGUUUAGUUUUUUUAUUUGAUUUCUGAAUACAUUUAAGUUAAAGACGUAGCUGGUAAGGGAACUAGAAUGGUUUGUCUAGUGUGAGUUAUGCAAAGUCGUAGGCUACGUUCACUAACUUGGAGUACUUUUACAUGAAAAGCGCCUCCGCAACAACUUGGAGAAAAAGUGUGAGAAUCUAUUAGCAGCGGUUUGGAUUUUCCAUAAACACUCCAGGACACUAUUCUCUGAUGGCUGAAGCCAGGAUCGAUGAAGAGGAGGAAGAGUUGCGCGAGCUGAGGGAGCCCGGCGUUCGGCGAAACUUGAGGCAAUCAAGCCCGGCCGCAGGUCGGAGUGAGAGGAACAAACCGGAUCGCCGCCUCUCCAGCCAAGGACCUCUCUCCUCCAUAAGAUCUGCGAUCAAGAGAACCUCAACAAGGACACAUUCCCAAGGUGAUCAUUCUAGGGAACGGAGGAGGCCAGAGAUAACCAUUCUGUCCGCUGAACCCUUGGCAACUAAUGCCUGGUUUCCGGGGGCUUCUGCGGGAUUUCCGCCUCCGCCACCCCCAACCGAACACAUCUGGGGUGGGAGCAUUCCAGCAGCAGCCCAGCCGCCACCGUCUUACGACCAGGUGAUCAGAGAGAAGACGCAGGAGCAGGCCCCGCCUCCAGCCAGUGCCCCCAGACGAGUCACGACCACCAUCGCCACGCAGACCGACUUCGUGCCCGAGGCGGAGGACAAGGCCUCCGAACCGCAGUGCAGCGUGGCUUCGCAGGCCGUGGAGACGAAAGCACCCGGUGGAGGAAGACGCUCCAAGCCACCAAGGCCAUCCUUUCCCUUCAUGCCCAAAGCCCUGCCAAGUGACCCGCCGGCAGAUUCAUCAAACCCUCCGGGAGGGUCCCAACUUUUCCCAUCCGUGGAACAGACUGUGACCAAGGUUCACAGAGCUGAAGCCAUAAAUAGCCUUAUUGACACCAGCUGUGAAUUCCUGCCGUGCUCCUUAACCUCUGGGUCAGGUCUGCAAGCACAGCCCUGCGAACCCUGCCUCGUCGCUUUAGAUCCCCCAACCUCGACUGCUACAUCUUCUGCUCUCACCCCCAGUCCCGAACCCACUGCUGACGGCCAGCCUAAGGAAGAGGCGAGACGUCCGACCCCGCGCCCUCGCUCCAAGUCCAAAGGCGUCGCCAAAGACGUUAAAGUUCAGACCCUGGUCAGGUUAAAAGACUGCGGUGAGAGUGUUCAGCAGAACCAGAGCGGUGGGGAAGUUCCAUCGAGUAAGUAUCUGCAGGAGCUUUUGGACGUGUUCGGUUCGGGUGACCAGUUCCUGAGCAACCAGAGCGAUCAAAGCGGCGAAAGCGAUCAAGACGAGCCGAACGGCCUUGUCGACCAAAGCGAGGAAGACAUGAGCCUGUUGAGGACGAAGAUCCAGGCCUUCGAGAGGAAGGGCAGCGUAGACGACGUGGACGGAGAGCCCGUGAAGAGGCCGGAGCCGCGGCCCCGCGCUCAGCUUGCCAAGCUUGCCCCGCCCGUAGCCGCCAGACCGGCCGUGCCCUCCAAGCCGUCCCUGCCUCCGCCGCCCUCGGACAAGGCCUCGACACCGGGCCCGGGGCCCGAAACCAACAACCACAAGGACCCUGGCAGCGCCCCUACUCCCGCGCCACGGCCUCUCCUGCCUAAAAAGUCGCCCGUCGAGAACGAGAACAAGGAAGCACCAGCAAACUUCACACGGCCACCACGGCCCGUGGUAGCUGCUAGACCCAAAAACCACUUGGCCCGGGACGAGAGCUGUGCCGGGAGUCGACCCGCCCCUCCCGUCCAGCCGAAAGUCGCUGUGGACCUCCUGGAGCUCAGCAGCGCCCCCACAGUCACCGAGCCCACAGAAACAGGCCCGGACUGUGACAACAGUACAGCUAAUUCGAAUGAUGUCGCAACCAAACAGGAGCAACCACAACCCAUUCCAGAACGCCCCAGUGUUCCUCAAAAGCCUACCGUGAUCCGAGUUUCUGGCAAAACUAGCAAAUCAAGUGGAGAUGGCUCUGCAGAACCCAUUCCACCUCUUCCAACACAAAAUGCAGUGGGAGGACUGGCUCCUCCUGUGGUCCAGAAAUCCAGUCCGCCUUCCAAAUCCUCCGCCCAACCCCCAGCACAGGAAUCCACUAAUUCUGACAAGCCUGGAGGCUCCUUGCCACUUCCUCCUCGGCCCCCCGGGGUUAAAGUGCCCCCCAUUCGUCCCCCGCCUGCUAAAAUGCCACCAGGAAGGCCGCCCCCUCCCCAGACUGCAGGACACAAGCGCACGCAGAGUAAGGGUGCUCUGAAGAAAGGGCCCCCCCUGCCCCCGAGACCCUGCCCAGGACACCCCCUGUACAACGCAAAGAAAAAUGGCACCCAGGUGCCUUCUGAGCGAAAAGACAGCAGUAACCCUGAAUGCCAUGCAGGAGACAUCCCCAGUCGAGUGCAAGAUUCUUCCACGAAGACGAGCGCUCCUCUCAUAGAUCUCUCCAGCACCCCAGAACCUCAGACUUCUGUUCCCAAACAGGCUCGCAGGGAGAGCAUUGGGCUACAGGCACAGGUGCUGCAUGAUUUCACUCCAGAGGGUCCCACUGAGCUGGCCCUGAAGGUGGGAGACAUGGUGUCUAUGGUGGAGAGGGUGGACAGCGACUGGUAUCGCGGAACCUGCAGGGGCUCUUCCGGAAUCUUCCCUGUCAAUCACGUCAAAACACUGAGUCCUUCUCCAGCCAAUGGGAAGAAAGAGGCAAUGGUGGCCACACCAAUGAGCGGCCCACGGUGUGUGGCACGGUUCGACUACGCAGCGGCCCAGAGCGACGAGCUGUCCUUCUCCCAGGGCGCGGUGAUCCGGCUGAAGGAGCACGUGGAUCAGGACUGGGUCCGCGGCGAGCUCGAGGGGCGCACUGGGGUUUUCCCCCGAAACUUUGUGGAAGUUGUGGAGGACCUGCCAGCCUCCGAAGCGCCUCAGUCCGUCCAGAAGAAGACCGAAGUCACGGAACCAACCGGCAUGGCAACUUCCCUUCAAAACCAAGAGGCAGCAAAGUCUUGUCAGAGCAAGCCUGCAGAAGAGGAGUGGGCCUUGGCCCUGUUUGACUUCACCGCCCAGACAGACGAGGACCUGUCCUUCAAACAGGGCGCUCGAAUCCUGAUCACAGAGCACGUGGACUCGGACUGGUGCAACGGGAGGCUUGAGGGCAAGGAGGGUCUUUUCCCCAAAGCCUUCGUAGAAAUAAACCCCACAGCCCAGGCUGCAGACACCCCUCACAGAGAGCCUGAGGGCGGAGGACGAGCCCAGGCCCUGUUCAGCUUCAGCUCUGAGUGUGAGGAAGAGCUGUCCGUCCAGGUGGGGGACAUAGUAACCAGUCUGGAAUCCAUAGAUGAAGAGUGGUUCUUUGGAGAAGUAAGGGGGACACGUGGCUUGAUCCCCAAAAACUACGUCCUGCUGCUGCAAGCUCCUUAGAGGUGCAUUGGCCUGUCCAAUGUUGCAGGUACUAGAGUCCACGUGGAGAUGAUUUUGUUCAGAUCAUGGCAAUGGAAAAUGAAAUUGAGAGGUGUCUGGGACAGUGUGAGAAACUAGGAUGAUCAUAUUGCCUCUUUGACUGGAAGUCAUCAACUGAAUUCCCUUCAUCUCCAGAAAGACAUUUUGCCAGAGCUUCUGAAUGUCUCAGCCUUGACAGCAGAUGCUGAUUCUCCUCGUUUUUUUCUGGAACAUCUGGAGACUGUCACUUUCAGAUGACUCAUGUUUACAAAUCUAUUUAUAGAUUUUAAAGGUAUCUGCCAAGGUUUCACAAUACGCAAUGUAACAUUUGACUUAAUGUACUUCAAAGUCUUCAAUGUUAAAUCUAUUCAGCAUUUUGUAUGUAGAAAUGCAUUUUAUCAGUGGCCUUCAUCUUGCUUGUCAAGAGCGUACUAAAUGACUGGGCAAAAAAAAUGAACUCAUGCGACUGCCGUCAAGAUGACACCAGACUGAAGAAAAUGACUGCGGUAUGCACUAGGUACUCUGGUUCACCGUUAUAAUGCUUCGAUUUCAAUGUGAAUUGGACCGUUUAAUGGAAUUAGAAAUUAAUUUGCUUUUGUGUAACUGUUCAGACUUAAGUUUCGAGUUUGUUGCGUGCAAUACCCUCAACUUCAUGCGUUUGCUUUUCUUGUAGCGCCCCCUGGUGUCUGUCAAUGCUUUACAAUUGUAUACAGGUGUAUGGUUGUUCAAUUAGCUGUUUGCACCCUCAUUUUUUCAGCUUUAAUCAUGCAUGGAAAUAAAGAAUAUUUAGUAAUUA